AAACCGAUGAUGGAUUGAUUGAAUGUAGAGGUCCAAAAAUGUGCACACUCGAGAAGCGACGCAAUCUCUUCAUCCUAACUCUGACCGGCGACGACGACCACCGCCUCAGCCCCUCCUUCAUCGCCUCCAUUCUCGAAGCUCUUUCCAAAGUCAAGUCUCAAGCCUCCCCAGGCUCUGUUCUCAUCACUACUUCCCAUGGCAAAUUCUUCUCUAAUGGCUUCGAUCUCUCCUGGGCUCAAGCCGCCGGCUCUGUUUCAGCCGCCGCUGACCGCCUCAUGCAUAUGGUCCAUAUUUUCAAGCCCAUCGUCGCCGAACUCCUCUCUCUCCCCAUGCCCACCAUCGCCGCCAUCGCCGGCCACGCUGCCGCGGCCGGCUUCGCGUUAGCCCUCAGUCACGACUAUUUGUUCAUGAGGAGGGAUCUAGGCGUUUUGUACAUGAGCGAAGUAGAUCUAGGGCUAAGUCUGCCCGAUUACUUCACGGCGCUGUUUAAAUCGAAGAUCGGCUCGAGCUCCGUCCGCCGCGAUGUGCUCCUGAGGGGAAUGAAAGUGAAAGGCGAAGCAGCGGUGAGGAUGGGGAUCGUGGAAUCGGUGCACGACGGCGAGGACGGCGUCAUGGAGGCUGCCGUACGAUUUGGGGAGCAGUUGGGGGCAAGAAAUUGGAACGGUGAACCCUACGCGGAAAUUAGGAAAAGUCUUUACCCAGAGAUCUCUCGGCUGCUUGGAUUGCCGGAAAAGGUCAUAUCGAUUUCCAAGCUAUGAGUAUUGAAAAUUGAUUGUUCGUCUCAGUUAUUAUGUUAUGUAUGCUAUUUUAGGAUGCGAAUUUCGAGAUUAGAAUAAAUUUCUUGAUGCCGUCUGUAUUAUAAAUCGAUUGUUUUUCGUCAUCUGAAAAUCUGGUGAAGAGUGUAUGUUUAUGGGUCACCGGAAAAUUGUUUAUCCGGACGCCGGCAGCUGGCUAUCGUCUAUGAAAAUAUCGAUCUGACCAGUCCCGUACGUUUCUCUUUGCUUCUUCUGCCAGAAAUUUGGGUGUUUUUGUUUCUUCUCGAGAA